CUCGUGAUAGUGAUGGCUUGUCAUACGUUUUUUGGAUUGCAGGAACUCAGGUUUUUUUUUUCUGGAUUUCCUUGACACAUGUUCAUCUUCUUCUUAUGUGGUGUCUUCUGCUUUCUGGGUUGUCAUCAGAAAAUUCAGACUAGAUUCAAGAAAUCAUAAUCCAAUUGUGCUUUUGGAAUUCUUUGUUGUUGGGUUCUGAGUUUCAGGAUUCAAAUUCCAAAUAUUGGGACAACUAUAUGACAUGCUUGCCUUCUCGGAGUCUUCUACUUUCUGAAUUUGGAAUUUGGGUUCGUGGAUGAUUGCUUCUUUCAAUAAAUUCCGGAUUAAUUUUGUGAAAGUUGGAUUUUCAUGUGUCCUGGACAUCUUUGAAUUCAGCUGGUGCAACAACUCUGCAUAAAAAGCCUUCGAAUUUCAUAUGCUGGAAUGAUUGUCCUUCUGGUUUUGUGCAAAUUGUCUCUGAAUUGAAAAGGGUUCGUGCUGAAUUUUUGGUGUCAGAUGGAUUUUUAUGUUCUUGGGAUGAUUUGAAAUUCUGGGAUUUCUCGAUUUAAUCUUAAAUGGACGUGCCUCCUUACUGUAAGAAUUUCAGAGUUCUCGGUUGCCAUUUGAAUUCGUUCGCAUGCAAAUGCGUUGUUUUAGCUUUGACUGCUCUGAUUAUUAGAGCUGUUCUGCUUCCUACAUUCUCCAUCUCUGAUGGAACUGAACAGGACAACUUGGUAUUCAUCAGUAAUCUCUCGUUGUCAUUCGGUCAGAAAUCUGGAAUCCGAAAAGAUAAAUUUUUGGAGGUUCCUCAAAUCGUAUGGGGAUUAAACAAUCAGAAAAUAGCGUUCGCAAGAGCUUGUCUGACCGCAAAGUUUUUGAACCGGACGCUUUUGAUGCCUAGCUUGAGUGCUUCCCUGUUUUACAAGGAAGUUGAGCUAUUGGAACCGAUUCCCUUUGAUAAGGUCUUCCAGUUCAACAAGUUUAAUUCUCUCUGCAAUGGAUUCGUUCAAUUGGGUGAAUUUACGGAUGUUAGAAACCGAACAGCAGCAUUUGAGCUUCAGAAAGGAAGUGGAAGGAGGUGGACUCCCGACAGGGACAUGGAUCAGUUGAAACACCAUAAUGAGGAUCCAUACAGUGAGUAUGAGGUGAUUCGAAUUGUUGGAAGGAAUCCGUUUCUGUGGCACGAUCAUUGGCCCGUGAAGGACUACGCGAAAAUCUUUGAGUGCUUGGUUUUGGUUGAUGAAAUAAUGAACGAAGCGGAGAAAGUUUUGUCAAGGAUUAGAGAGAUGGGAGCAGCACAAGUAAAAAGCCAGAGUGAGUCUGCGCAAAAUGGCAUUAGCCCGGCAGAGAAUUCUCUCGUGCAGCCGGUGCCUUAUGUGGCUGUACAUAUGCGGAUAGAGAUAGAUUGGAUGAUUCACUGUAAGAAGCUGGAGCAAAGUCAAAUAACCCAAAUUUGUAGUAGCAAGGAGGAGAUCAUGGAAAGAGUAGGCAACAUUGUAGGCCUCAAAACGCCCGUCGUUGUUUAUUUAGCUAUAGCUGACAGUCUUCUUCAUGAUCCAUCUAUUCUGAACGGCUGGAAGUCGGGCUUGAUUCCUUUCGAGAAGAAGAAAUUGGGAGUUGAAGGGAAUUACAAGAAGUUCCCUUAUCUCAUUCAGUCUGCAAUCGACUACGAAGUGUGCUUGAGGGCUGAUGUCUUCGUGGGAAACAGUUUCUCCACAUUUUCAAAUCUCAUAGUUCUCGAUCGAACGCAGAAGCUCAUUAGAACGGGCGUCACAAGCUCAUGUGGUGUGGAUGUAAGGUGGCCUUCUUAUGCAUACAACAUAUUAGGGGAAUCAAACGGACCUCAAAGAUGGAUGGCAAACAUGUCUAGCUCAAGUCUUCAACCAAUUAGCUAUGGCUCCAACGACAUCUCGUGUCAAGUCUGAUGAUCAUUUUAUCAUCAACGGACAUACUUCAAGGCUCCACCACUUUUCGUAAUCUAAAUCAUUCCGUCCCUCCGGCGCAAAUUUGUUGGUAUGGUUUCACAGAUAUUCUUUUCCCUUUCUGUAGAGAAAAUUAAUAGCUUAGAAUGUUGAAGUAGCACUAAAUUAUGUACAGUUUGAACUGAUGUAAACUUCAAAUUUAUGUCAUAAAUGUAGUUUUCAUUCUAUUGAUUUUCUUCAUCCUGAAUCUUAAUGAAAUUGUUUGUGAAC